CUUAGACGUCGGUGUAGCAGGUUCUGACAUUUGGUUGUGUGAUGCUUUGGAUUAUAAGAAGUCAUUGAAAUGAAAGAGAAAAUGCCUUACUUUGACAAGCAGUUCGUGGGGGAGAAGAACAAUGGAUUUGCUGUGCUGUAUCAUAACAUGAAACAUGGACAGAUUUCAACCAAAGAACUAGCAGAGUUUGUUCGAGAAAGGGCUGCUGUAGAAGAAGCGUAUUCUAAGGCAAUGUGCAAGCUGUCAAAGGUGGCAUGCAACAGCAGCCAGAUUGGCACAUUUGCACCUAUGUGGGAUCUUUUCCGUAUUUCUUCAGACAAGCUCGCCCUCUGUCACUUGGAACUGACAAAGAAGCUUAAUGACUUAAUUAAAGAGAUCAACAGAUAUGGAGAGGAACAAGUCAGAAUGCACAGAAAGCAAUUAUCACCGGUGUCUCAACUGCUGCCUCAGACCAGUGAAAAUACCUUGAAUAGAGCUAUGGCCAGACUUCUAUCCAGGGUUAAACGGGAACCUGAGCAUCAAAUGUAUUCUGAAAUGGAUCAGGCAGAAAUCAAGUUGAAGAAAGCAGCAGAAUCCUUCAAGAGCUGUGUGGAAAAGUACAACUUUGUCCGUGUGGAGUUUGAACAGAAGAUGAUGGAGGCCUCAGGUCAUGAAAUAACAGAGCAGGCAAAGGAUUGGAAUCACCCCACAGGAUUUUCAGAUACCACCUCCCUCAGAUCUGAAGUUGCAGUACUACCUUCAGAUCCCAAGUUUUCCUCUGGUCUGAAAGGGACCAUUGGAUUUGAGGAGUGCAAUAUAUCUGUCUCUGUGGAAGCUGUUAAGAAGAGCAAGAUUAAACCUUUUCGACUCCCAGGAUUGGGUAAAAAAGAAAAAGACAGCAGCUCUGUAGAGUCUCCAGAUGUGGAUUCAGCAUACUGCCCUGAAGUGGAUGAAGAAGGUUUUCGAGUACGACCUGACGUCAACCAGAAUAGUGAAAAAGAAAAUCAUUUCUACUCGUCGAGUGAUUCUGACUUUGAUGAUGACGAACCAAAAAAAUUCCACAUUCACAUCAAACCUGCCCAGCCACAAGAAGAAUGCCGCAAUCCCACAGCCUAUGCAGAGGAGCUGAAAGCUACUGUAGGGAACCUGAUUCUUCCUCCAAAUCCUGUGUGCACAGUGAAAAGACAGUUGUCAACUAAUAAACCUGCAAAACUCCAACUGUCAGUUUCCUGUCCUGCAUCAAACGGCACCGCAAAUGAAUUAAGCACUGAUUUGCAGCCUUUAGAACCACUGUUUGGGCCUCCUUUAGAGUCUGCCUUUGAACAAGAUUUUUCAGUGACACACAGAACUGUUCUGCAUUCCAGUCCAUCACCUUUUUCUUCAUCUCCAGAAAAUGUGGAGGACUCUGGUUUAGAUUCACCUUGUCAUGCUAUCAUCGGACCAUUUACAGAUGCCAGACCAUGGUCUCCAGGGCCAAACACACCCCAAAGUCCUGUAAUCAAAAAUAGCAUAAACGUCUUGGCACAUUCCAAAGAAGAUCCUUUUCUUGCCAGUAUGUACAGCCACUCGAGCACAGCAAAACCUACAGAGGAUCUGAAGCCCUGGACAUUUAGGCCUAGUACACCUCCCAAGUCUAAUUCAAGUAACGCAACAUUGCCUUUUCAGCAGUCUCAGGGAGAGUACUUCUUGGCAGCUUUCAGUAAGCCAGAGGAAAUUUCUUUGGAGCAUUCAGAACCAUGGGUUUCAAAGGUAUCCGGGAACAGUGCAUGCAACAAUACCUCAAAGCGUUGCCGAAGUAGCCAUCAAACGGAUCCCAUACUCAAGACAUUUAGUGAUAACUCUGUUCCAUCAGUUCCACCUAAGGAAAGUUUAAGAACAUUGUCAUCCAGGUGUGAGAGUCCUAUAACAAACAGCACUUUAUCAUUUCUGGGAAAUUAUGGGAAAGAGACCCUGCCUGUUUCAGUGUUAGACUCUAAGAAUGUCGAGUCUUUUAAAGAAGACACCACUUCUGAUACAGAACAUUCUUGUUCUUCUGUGGCAAGAGCUCCAGUAACACAUGCAGAAUGUAGCUCAGACCCUUCAGGCAAAGUGUGUCACUCUAGUAGCACACCUUUGGAUAACGCGUCUAACUCAGAACCUUCAAACCAGUCUGAUGUGGACAUAAAUGACAGACAAAGUCCAGUAGCAGUGCCUCCACGUCGAUUUAAAUCAAAACGCUUAUCUACAGGACAGCUAAAUGGGUGCGCUGAUCAGUCCAGGUCACUGAGCCCUUCUCCAGGGUCUUCUCCUUUGCCCAGUGAAUGGGGAUCUUCAAUUUCACCACAGCAAGGCACUACACCAGUUACAGGUCUUUCAAGAGGUCCUAGCCCUGUUGUCCUUGGCUCACAAGAUGCCUUGCCUGUUGCCACUGCCUUCACUGAAUACAUUCAUGCUUAUUUUAAGGGUGGUAGUUUUACAAACUAUGCCAUGAAGAUAACUGGAGAACUGACCAUGUCUUUUCCUGCUGGGAUUAUCCGAAUUCUCAAUGGCUGCCCCUCACCCCCUGUCUUAAGCUUUAGGCUAUUGAAGACGUCCAGAAUUGAUCAGUUCCUGCCCAAUCCAGAUCUCCUAUUCAGUGACCCAUCUCAGAGUGAUCCCAACACGCAGGAUUUCUGGCUUAACAUGCAGAGCCUUACUUCACAGCUGCAGAAACAGGCAGAGCUGACCCCAGCUGCUUCUUACUACAAUGUGGGUCUUCUGAAGUAUCAGGUGUCAAAGGCAGACCAAAGCUUCCUACCCCUCAAGCUGGUGGUGCAGUGGAAAUGCAGUGCGUGCGCAGUGCAGAUCUCUGUCAGCUACAAGUAUAAUUCUGACUGUACGGCAGCCCCUACAGCUCUCAGCAAUGCCCAUGUCGUGAUACCAGUGGAGGGAUCCAUCUCCAAUGUACAGCUGCAGCCUCCCGGCAUCUGGAAUGCUGAAAGCAAGAGAGUACUGUGGAAGCUGACUGAUAUUUGUGACUCAUCUGACAGCAAAGGGUCUGGAAUGUUAUUGGCCACCUGGCAGUCUGCAGGGGCCCCCACAGCCCCAUCUGUGGUUGCAGCCCAGUUUACCAGUGAAGGUAACACCCUAUCUGGAGUCGACAUUGAGCUGGCAAGCAGUAGCUACAGAAUGUCCCUUGUAAAGAAGAGAUUUGCUGCAGGUAAAUAUAUUGCUGGUUGUUAAGCUGCUGAGCACAUUCUUUUGAUGUAAAACACGAAGGACGUAAAAGAAAAAGAGUUCUUUUCCACUUUGGAGAAAUGUGUGCUUAUUGUUGCUUUUGAUGACAUUUUUGACUCUUUUAAAGUAAGACUUCAGCAGGAAGCUUCUCUCAGUGGAGGUCAUUGCAUUCCAUCUGUAUCGAGCUUAGUCUAGCUGAAAAAGAGGGAAAACAACAAGAUUAUUUUCAUUAAGCCUACUUAGCAGAAACCUUGGCAUUAAAUACUGCUGACUGAGAACAAAAAAAAUGCACUUGAGUCUGUUUUUCAAGAGUAUUAUUUAAAAUGUUUAAAUCAUGCACUGUCUCCUGGCCCUUGUCCUGUAGCAGGAUCUUGGCCAGUGUAGUGAACUGCAGUGCAAAGAGACUGGUGCUCCCUGUUGGUCAACAUUUGUUUUACUACUGAUACUUGUGCAAGUUACUAUUAUGACAUUGAAAACCUGAGAUUGAAUCUGGUGAUUUAUUUUCUAAAGAAAAGUACAUGCUGAACCCUAGAAACAUUGCACCAGGUCUCUCAGAGGAUAGCUUUUUAUCAACUGACUUGCCUUAAAGUUGUAAAAGUGUGACUGUAUACUGGUGCAGUGUCUAAAAAUGUGUGUGUUAUUUUGUUGUCAAUGAAAUGGGACAUUUCUCAGAUGA